CUUCCGUUUUGGCAGUGUUUCUGUCGACGUGGGAAACAGAACCCGAUAGCAAACACACACACACACACGCGCGUUUACAAGCGAUGUGAGCGCACAAAUACACACAACUACACUCAGUGACAUGCGAAAUACAUGCGCGUGCCAAUAUGUGGCUCAAACCGGAAGAGGUGCUUCUGAAAAACGCGCUGAAAUUAUGGGUGACUGAAAAGUCCAACGAUUAUUUCAUCCUGCAGCGGAGGAGAGGACACGGAGACAGCAGCGCGGGACUGACAGGUCUCUUGGUUGGGACGUUGGACACGGUGUUCGACUCCACAGCAAAAGUGGCUCCCUAUCGUAUUUUACACCAAACACCGGAUUCACAGGUGUACUGGAACAUCGCCUGCGGUGCAUCUCUAGAUGAGAUCUCUCAGCACUGGGACUGGCUGCAGCUCAACAUCAUGAGAACUCUGUCUGUGUUUGACUCGGGUGACGACAUCACCAGCUUUGUUCAGGGCAAGAUUAGAGGGUUAAUCGUGGAGGAGGAUAAGGUGAGUGCGGAGGACCCUGAGCGUUUCCGGGAGGCGGCGCUACGGUUCGAGCGCUUGUUUAAUUUACCUAAACAGGAGAAACUCGUCACCUACUUCUCCUGCAGCUACUGGAGGGGCCGCGUCCCAAACCAGGGCUGGAUCUACCUCAGCACUAACUUCCUGUGUUUCUACUCCUACUUACUGGGCAGUGAGGUGAAGUUGGUGUUCUCCUGGUGUGAGGUGAGCAGGUUGGAGCGGACCUCGAGUGUGUUGUUAACGGAGUGUAUCCGUGUGUGUGUGAAAGAAGAGGAUCACUUCUUCUCCAUGUUCCUGCGGCUGCAGCACACGUACGAGCUCAUGCAGCAACUUGCCGACUACGCCAUCGCACGCAUGUUUGACAAGGAGACGUACGAUGCACAACACCCGCUUAGAGACCCACUACACAUCACUCAGAGGUCUCUGGAGGCGCACAUGAGGAAUCGGGCGUUCCGCUCGUUCUUUCGUCUUCCACGCAAUGAGAAUCUGUGUGAAGUGCACGAGUGUUUCCUCUGGCUGCCAUUCAACCACACACACACUCUCGGGAAGCUAUGUGUGUCUGAGAGAUAUGCAUGCUUCUCCAGCCAGGAUGGAAACCAGUGUACUGUCAUCAUCCCACUGUGUGAGGUGGUGAGCGUGGAGAUCCCGGACCGCAGCAGUCGUACAUUGAGUGUGUGUGUCCGCGGUAAACGAGCUUUCCGUUUCUCUGAGGUUCGUGAUUUGGACCAUUUGGCCUCCACCAUUCGCAAGUGUGUGACAUCAUCGAGUCCUCAGCAUUCGCACAGCGCUCAGCUCUCUCUGUGUGAUGAUGAGGAGGAGAUGAUGGUGGGUCAGGUUCCAGUUCCGGUUCCAGCCGUCAGCACUGAGGCUCUGAUGAAUGUUUUCCAUCCACACGAUGCUGAAAAUCUCGACCCGAAAAUGCUGAAGGAGCGAAUGAAGGAGCAGAUGUGGCAGAUCCAUUUUGCAGAGUUUGGCCGAGGAAGUGCCAUGUUCCGCACCAGGAAAACCCGGGAGCUCAUCGCCCGCGGACUUCCCGAAGCACUGCGCGGAGAACUGUGGAUGCUCUUCUCAGGUGCGAUGAAUGAAAUGGCUACACACCCCGGGUAUUAUGCGUCUCUGGUGGAUGAGAGUGUGUGUGUAAGCAGUUCGAUAGCGUGUGAUGAGAUUGAGCGUGACCUGCACCGCUCGCUCCCUGAACACCCGGCGUUCCAGAGCGACCGGGGCAUAUCUGCGCUGCGCAGAGUGCUAACGGCGUACGCUAACCACAACCCCGCUAUUGGCUACUGUCAGGCAAUGAAUAUCCUGGCGUCAGUGUUGUUGCUGUAUGCGAGUGAGGAGGAGGCCUUCUGGCUGCUAGUGUCUGUGUGUGAGAGGAUGUUGCCAGAUUACUUCAACCGUAGGAUUAUUGGUGCCCUGGUGGACCAGGCAGUGUUUGAGGAGAUGAUGCGUGAUCACCUGACCCAGCUGACGGAUCACAUGACUGAGUUGUCCUUCCUCUCCUCACUCUCACUGUCCUGGUUUCUGACGCUCUUCAUCAGCGUGUUACCGAUUGAGAGCUCCGUCAGCGUCCUCGACUGUUUCUUCUACAGCGGAAUCCGAUUCGUCCUCCAGCUCGCCCUCACUGUCAUACACCGCAACAUGUCCCACCUCCUCCGCUGCCAUGACGACGCUGAGGCUGUCACUGCCCUCAACAGGUUUUUUGACAGUGUGGUGAAUAAGGACAGUCCGCUUCCAGCCACUGUACAGCAGGCCACUGCAGCGACCAAUCACAGCGCAGAUCAGGAUACUGUCGACAUCAGUGACCUCAUCAGAGAGGCCUACGAGAGAUUCGGUGAUAUUCGAUGGGAGGAUGUGGAGAACAUGCGUAAACGCAACAAACUGUACGUCAUUCACACACUCGAAGAAACGACAAAACAAAAUGUUUUGCGAGUCGUUGCUCAGGAUGUGAAGUUUAAUAUCUCUCAGCUGGAAGAGCUCUACUUACUGUUUAAAAGGCAGCACUUCCUCAGCUGUUACUGGUCAGCGUGCAGUCCGGUUCUGCAGAAUCACGACCCGAGUCUGCCGUAUCUCGAUCAGUACCAACUGGACCUGGACCAGUUCAGCUCACUCUUCACCCUGCUGUUACCAUGGAAACAUGCACACAAACACACACUGGUGCACUCAGCAUUCCGGCUCGCAGAUGACAAUGGAGACGGACUCGUCAACUUUAAAGAAUUCAUAUGUUUGCUGGACAUCCUGUACAAUGGCUCUUUUACAGAGAAGCUGAAGUUUCUCUUUAAGCUUCAUCUCCAACCAGCAGAUGCUCCUGUCUGUAAGGCUUUAAGGUCUCAUGCCUCUCCUGUCCCUGCUGAAGGUUUCUCUCUCUCUACUCGUCUUUCUGAACAUGCUGAUGAUGGUGUGAUAAGGAAAAGUCCAGAAAGAGCUCGUGGGAAGGUGGAUCUGCAGGAGUACCUGAAACAGUGGCAGGACGAGUUACAGAAGAAAGAGGAGAACAUCAAAGACCUGCCUCGAAUUAAACAGGCUGAGUUUGUCCUCCUGUCUAAGACUCUGUACAACAUUUUCCACGGCGAUGAUGAGGAGGAGCUUCUAUAUCGUGCUGUUGCCCGGGUAACCAGCUUGUUGCUGCGAAUGGAGGAGGCAGGGCGAAAACUGCAGAACAGCCCAUCAAGACCCUCUCCUCAGGCCACGCCCCCAGCACCACAUGUGACACCCCCAACCACACAACCAGCAGCCAACACUUCCCCUCAGACACUCGGGUCUCUGUCCACUGAUCCCUCCCCUUCUCCUGAUACAGGCUCUGCCUCCUCAGCUACAAGUAGCCCUACAGGGACAGGUAGCUCAGCUAAGACCACACCCCCAGACACGCCCUCUCCUCCUGAUGGGGGCAGUGACUGGAGUUUCUCCUUCGAGCAGAUUCUUGCUUCGUUACUGAACGAACCGGGCGUUGUCACGUUCUUUGAGAGGACCACAGACACACAAAGACUCAUAGCACAUGCACACACACACCAGCUCACAUGUGCACAGUGAAUACACACACAUACUCACCAUACAUACACACGCACUGAAAACACUCAUCAUAUGUGCACACACAUACAAACACAGACAAAAGGAAAGUAAAUUGUCUAGCUGUGUAAAUCAGUUACUAACAAAUUUGAACCCAUAAACAUUUACAUUAAUGAAUAUGCAAAUUAAGUACUGUAAUUUGAGAGCAUAGCUAAUGGGAAUUUAAUUUAUCACCGGGUCAGGCAUCUUGUUUCAGUGUCUUCACUGUGUCUGUAUGUGAGUAUGAGUAAAAGGGAAGGCAGAUAAUGCUUUGAGGUUUUGUCUGUAUUGUGUUAUGCUUUUGUCUGUUUCGAAUAGCUAAAUGAACCUGUGUGUUAUACAGUGUUAUUGUGCUGCUGCAUAAAUAUAAAUAAGGAAUGAUUAAUGAAUAUUAAUAAGCAAGAAUCUACAAAGUGCUUCGACACACUUCUCACAUGGCUGAUCAGCAUUACUAUCAGAUAAUCAGUCAUUAUUGAUUGAUGAUCAUUUAUGUAUCACAUAUAUUAAUUCAUACCAAACAUUAACACAGAUGAGUGAUGAGAAGUUUGACUAUUUAUCUAGUCUCAGGUUUUUUAUAUAU